AUGUUUGCUAAAUUUGACAUAUGUCAUCUCUUUGCCCAAGCCAAUAUGUUACGUCAGGCAUCGCCACCCCGGAGGAUCCGGUUCCUGAGCAAGGUCCCCAGCCACAAAGGACCCUCAAACAUCUCUACUACCAGCACUCUCCACUACGUUCUUUUGAGUCCCUCUCCCAACAUGAAGUCGGGAGCCACACUUUCCCUCUUGACUGCCGUCUCGACUGUGUCGGGGCUGCAUUUUCCUGUCUCUCGAGUUAAACCAAGGACGCUCUCGUCUGGACUUGAGCGUCGCGGAUUCACUGUCUUGGCCGCAAGCAGCGAUCCCACACUUACCAAUACGGAGAAUAAUAUCUAUACCACAACUAUGCAGAUCAAAGGAAAAGAUGUUGUCAUGCAAGUAGAUACCGGGAGUUCUGAUACUUGGCUAUACCCCACGUCCUCGACUCGAGACUUGUAUACUGAUGCGGUCCCGUAUAGUGAUCUACCCCUCACAUUGUCGUAUGGCAGAGGGCAGGUCGCAGGUCAUAUUGCUCAGAUGACCGUUGGAUUCGCUGGCUAUACCGUUCAGAACCAGGGCAUUCUUUUGGUCGAGCAGCAGCGGGAGAUGAGCCUUAUUGAAGCGAACUUGACUAAUGGUCUUCUCGGCCUUGGGUUUGAUACACUUUCGGCUAUCUCCAAUACGGUCGUGCAAAAGACCCAACAAACUUGGGGACGAACCCUACUUUCAAACAUCUUCAUCUCUGACCCUACAACGCCUAAUCAUAUUGCAUUUCGUCUUGACCGUCACGAUGACGGAAACACCACCGAUGUCGGAGCAUUUGAUAUAGGAACAUUUGCACCUGGAUUUGAAUCUGUCAACAGCACGGCUGAAAUCCCGAUAUUCUCCAGCAAUGCCCAAGCAAACAUGUACUGGAAUGUCUUGGUCGAUAGUGUCACUUUGAACGGCAAGGCUCAAACACUCAGUAGUACGGUCAAUGGAGGAACACAGACUCCGCCGGCUGGCAAGGUUUCAGCAGUACUGGAUACCGGUUACUCGUUGCCUCAGUUAUCACCCGAUCUUGCGCAUGCUAUUUACUCUGCUAUGGGUGGUGUUUUGAUAGACGAUAGUAACAAUACCGCUUAUGCGGUACCUUGCAUGGCUGAGGCUCAGCUUGUAUUCAGCAUUGGUGGUCAUACCAUUCCUAUCCAUCCUCUCGACCUCACACAAGUUCAUACCGUCACAAGCACAAGGGGUACAAACUAUACUGUCUGUAUCAAUGCAUUCGAGCCUUUCUCAAGCAACGCUGGUGGCGGCGAAGUUGAUUUUAUUCUUGGGGAUGCAUUCCUCCGGAAUGUAUACUCUGUAUACGAUUAUGGUGAUUUCGUUCAAGGACUGUCUGGUUAUGCUCAAGGCGACCCAUAUAUCAAGCUCUUGCCUUUGACAGAUCCCACUGCCGCGAGCGCCGAGUUCAAAACCGCCCGUGCUGCUACUUUGAGUGCUGCUGGCAUGCCUCCUCAACUUGAUCCGAAAACAAUCAAUGGCAACCCUCAAGCGAUUCCAGGGACUGGCGGAGGAAGUGGCGGAGGUAGUGGGGGUAACGGAGGCGGUGGAGGCGACAAUGGCGCUAUGGGAUCCAGUAUUGGAGGCUGGCUGGCCCUUGGCGCAGCAGUUGCUGUCGGAAGCUUUACAUUUUAA